UCUCUCUCUCUCUCUCUCUCUCUCUCUCUCUCCAACUUUUUCAGUGACAAUGGGAGUCAGUUGAUAAUAGUAAGACCCUCGUAACAAGAAAAUGUUCUAUCUAGCUAGGACAAAGUGAUGUUUAAACAUUCUUGUUGAUAUGGCAGAAGAAUUCAUCUUCCCUGCGUGUAUUAAGCCAGUUUGAAUGGUCAAUGCAUAUAUAUGACUCGUUGUGGGGACUAUUGAAACACAAGAGUUGAUGCGCAUAACUCUGUAUUGAGGAGGAUCUACGCAGCACAACCGAGGGUUGUUCACAUUAAGGAUAUGUGUCUGCCGCUAGAUGGCGUACAAAAAAGAAAACAUCCUCUUACAUGGGUAACUUAACAAAAUGUAUUUUUACCUUAGUUUAGGUAAUAUGAGGUAUAUCAUUAAUAAAUGAGAUAAAAGUAUCCUUAUACAAAUAACCAUUUUUGAUUAUUCCAACAAUUCUAAAAGAGAAUUAUCUACAUAUUUUGUGAGAAGUGAAUAACAAAUAUUUUCAGAGUAAUGCUUCAAUUAUUUUAUAAAAAUAUCUUUUAAAUCUCAAGCUCCGUUCCCUAUAAUCUGCAGUACGAGGAAGUAAACGAACACAUAAGCCAUUUUUGUCAACGUGGUGCAAGAGCUACACGCGCAGUCAGCUGUAUAUCCGCUCGCUUCUGCACAUUUUAAAUGUACACAGGAAAUCAACGUGUAGCAGCUGUUAUCUAAAGCUCAAUGGCAACACACUCAACGUUGUGGUCGGGCGAGAUAGCACAGAAGAGUCCAUUCGCAGCUUAGGCCCAUGUACUCCUUGCCAGGGGGCCCAGAGAAAAAACAGGAGUUAGACGACGACGGCGUGCGGCCUGAAACUGCUCUCGGGACCCGACCCCCUGCCCUUUUCUCAGGAUUCAUUAAGGUAAGGCGAGAAAAAAAGGACUAUUAUAUACUGUCAAGGGAGCAGAAAAGCGCGAAGGCAGAGACGCAGAAUAUUAUACUCGGUCUGCAAUGUUGAGAUGGCUCUGUUGCCUGCGCGAGGAGGACAACACACAGUCUUGUUGGUGGGUGUGUUGCACAAAGGAAACAUACCGAGAGAUUGAAGAGGAAGAAGAGAAGGAAGAGGAUGGAGAGAGAGCAGAGGAAGAGGAGGGAGAAGAGAGAGAAAAAAAAGAGGAGAAAUUGGGGUCUUCGCUUGUCGAGACGCGUUCCUCGGAUUCCGCUGUUCGUCAAUCCGCUGACGAAGAGAGUGAGUCGCGCGGGUGGUCCGGUGACCACGACUGCCAGUCCUCGGGCGGUGUUGACGCAGGCGAGGGAGGAGGAGGAGGCUCAUGGUGUUGUGCUUUCGAAGGUGAACAACGUGGCUGCCGUGGGAAAUCAGGAACGCCACAGUUAGAAAGCAAAGUCAGAUCAACCAGCGAGGCCGGAGAUGAGGUCAGAGGAAAACAGUGGGACGACCACUUGCACGCUCGCGAUUCCGAGGUCGACACAAGAGAGGACGACCGACACGGUGACGAUUUACUGAAACGAAAAACUUCGUACUGGGUAACGUUAGAUCAACAGGGCUCGCUCACUGACUCUGAAACUUAUCAUUCUCAUUACAGAGACAGUCCAGUCGACUCAAAAAGCCUGGACAAGAACGAAAUCUCAAGUCAGAAUCAAUCUGCAUGUUAUAAACCUGAUGUCCAUGAUUCUUAUGACGACUGGGAACACCACAUCCCUGAGCAUGGUGGUGAUUUUAAUGGUAAUGAACCCCAGAAUCGACAGUUGAUAAGUGAGGACGUCGAUUAUCUUCAUGUACCUGAAUAUAAUCGGUGUUACGAAAGCAUAGGACCACAGUUUGUCGAAGAUUACUUUUAUGACACAGGUGGUCAGCAUUUGCAAAAUGACGGGGACCUCACGUAUCAAGAACUCUCAGUUGAAGAAAGAUAUGCAUAUCGCCAAGCUCAUCUUGAGGGCGCUGAACACGAAACACUGGAAUACGUUGACUCUGAGGACUGCACAGAUUAUAGUGAUCAUUUGCAUCGAUGUACAACCUCUAAUACUAACACAAUAAGCCGAUUGUAUGAUGAAGAUCUUGAAGAGCUAGAAGCCGAGAAUGAUACUUUCAAAGAUCAGAAAUCGGAAUCUGGUGGCUCGGAGGACGUCGCAGAAUUCGGUGAUCACCUACGACGCCACAGUUUCUCGAAUGACAGCACGAAACGCCGGCAGAAUAAGGUCGAAGAUCAACAGUCUUUUGACGCGGAGUCUGGGGCUCAAACAUUUGAAUAUCGUGUCUCUGAAUGUGGUGAACCGUUAUACCAUGUUAAAGAAUCCAGUGAUGAAGAUUCAGAUGAAUUUCCUAGAAAUGAAACUGCUGCAUAUGAUGACUUCACAGACGACACAGAGGAUGAUGAAUAUUUUCAGAAUUAUGCAUUAAAUGUCAGCAGAACGAAACAAAAGCAGAAUGUUAACAAACUUAAAGCACAAACGUUUCAGCAGAGUGAGAACAGAACUACAGUAAACCAGAGCCAGAAUACUAGUAACAGGCCCCAAAAUACUAGAAUUAUCCUCAACUCGAAAUUAAAGCAAAGAGGACAGACUGAGAGAUCUUCAGGCGACCGUGGAGUGCAGAAGAAUGUAGCAGAGAAGGCAGUUGGUCGCGUCCCUAAGGUUAUACUCGCCAAGAAUGUGGAGGUGACAACAGCUCGGCCGCACAAGAUUAUGUCAAAUACUGGGAUCCUGGAGGUGGAGAGCAACAUGAUCACAGGCAGCAAGGCUAAAGUUUUCUUCCAUAGGGACGCGCUCUACCUCAAUCAGAAGAAAGUUGAAGACGGGAAGCCCCUCUGGAGGCUUCUGAAAAAGCAGAAUCAGCAGUGGGGCUGCGUGGCACGGGCCUUCCCCGUGAAGAACGGCUCCUACAAGAACAUCACCGGCGUUGAAGUCCAUCUGAUAGCCAGCCUGGUGUGGGUGGGCGACAGACCUUCGUCGGCUGACGUCAGGAAAAUGUCCCGGGGAAAAAAACCCGGCCCCGAAUCGGAGCAGAGCAGCCAGCAGCCUCUUAAAGCUGGAAGCCUGUCCCGGGAAAAGAAGCCCGGCCCCGAGUCGGGGCAGAGCAGCUUGCAGCCUCCUCAAGCAGGAGGCACUGCACAGGCCAAGGAAGGAAAUUAUACCCUGAAGGCGGACUUGGCGGACAGUGCUUCUCCAAAAUCCGAAAUGGUGCGAGGUAGAAUCAGCGGAGUCACAGCGUCAUGCGCUGUGCUGCAGAUGCCCAAGGGCGCUUACGCGAAUUUCCGGUCAGAUCAGUGCUUUCUGUACGGCGUGUGUCUGCAAGAGGUGCAACUGUCAGAAGUUAUACCUGAGGGAACGGAAGCUGAAUACGAGAUGUGCGAGGGCCUGAAGGACCUGAAGGGGGUGUGGGUGGGCGGCAGCGCGCUUCUGGACCCCUCCGAGCUGUACACCAGGCUGGAAGCUUGGUGCAAGGAGCACGAAGUUCCUCACAGGACGGCGGCCUCGCUGCUGUGCAUGGCGGGAUGGCUGCCAGUCGACCUGGAACCUGUCACUGACCUAGAGCCCUGGAAAGAAAUCGUAGAGGUGAGCAGACCAGCAAUUCAUUGGAAAACCGUGGGCAAGCACAAGCAUUAAUAAGACCUUGUUCUUCGAGACGGCCGCUGCGGUGGUUCUCAAGUGACGAUCCUCGGUCUAGUUUUGGUGAUAAAUUGAAAGUUAGAAUAUAUAUAUAUAUAUAUAUAUGCAUAUGUAUAUAUGUGUAUGUAUAUAUAUGUAUAAAUAUGUAUGUGUAUA